AUGUUUUUGCAGCCCUUCCUGUUGGGUCAUCCAUUAUUCUUUCAUCUACUGUCUCUCCUGGCUAUGUGACUCAGCUGGAGCAACGCCUAAAAAGUAAAUUCUUUCUCCUUCUUAUUGUAAAUUGGCAAUGCCCUUUAUUUCAUUGCCUGGUAAGAAUAUUCUUAGAUAUUGAUCGGCUGAGAUAUUGGGUCACCUUUUCUUUUCUUCUUUGAGAAAGUAGGGGCUCUUUAUUUUUCUCAUUGAAGUUAGUUAUUGGUAGAUGUCAUUUGUGAAGAAAAGAAGUCAAUUCUAGAAUGUUACAUUAUUCUCUAUCCCUGUGAGGCUCGCAAGUGUGUUUAGAGUACGCAGGCUUCCAAGCAAACAGGCCAACCAAUGAGGAAUCUAGCCAACAUCCGCUUGUGGUUGUACCUUUUGUCUAUGGUGCAUAUGACAGGGCCUAAAAGAAUAUGUAUGCGUUUGAGAUGCUGUGUUUGAAAAUUUGUACACUGGAUAUGGCUAGUUCAGAUUCGCAAUUAAAUCUAUCAACCUCGUUCACUCAAUGA